GGAGACCCUACCCCUCAAGGUCGUCGUCAUCGAUACAAGCCAGGAACCGUUGCCCUGAAAGAGAUCCGUAAAUACCAGCGCUCCUAUGAUCUGCUGAUCCAGAAGCUUCCCUUUGCGCGACUCGUGCGUGAGGUUGCGUUGGAGCUUCUCCCCGCCGACGUGGGAGCAGAGCUGCGAUGGCAGUCACAUGCGAUCCAGGCCCUGCAGGAAGCUGCAGAGGCUUUCCUUGUCCAUCUCUUCGAGGAUACAAACCUGUGCGCUCUACACGCUAAGCGUGUUACCAUCAUGCAGAAGGAUAUUCAGCUUGCCCGAAGAAUCCGCGGUGCCUGGGGUGGAUUGGGUUAA